AUGGCCGCGGCGCCGGACGACGUCGCAAUCCGGGUGCACCCGCGGCGGGGCAGCAACGUGAUCCACCCAGUGUCUCUGGAAGCUCCGCCGCCGCCCCCCGCGUCUCAGAACGCCGUCGUUUGCCGGGAAUUGAAGCAUUUCAAGAAAUGGUUCCCGUGGCUGAUACCUUUCUUCGUGGCGGCUAAUGUCGUCAUGUUUGUUAUUACAAUGUAUGUGAACAAUUGUCCUAAAAAUUCUGCGUCCUGCUUUGCUUCUGGGUUUUUGGGGAGGCUUUCGUUUCAGCCGUUUAAGGAGAAUCCCCUUCUCGGGCCUUCUUCCACAGCGCUAGAGAAGAUGGGUGCUUUAGACGUGGGUAGAGUUGUGCACGAGCAUGAAAUUUGGCGCUUGAUCACCUGCAUAUGGUUGCACGGUGGAGUUUUCCACCUACUCGCCAACAUGCUGAGCCUCUUAAUCAUCGGCAUUCGACUCGAGCAGGAAUUCGGAUUCUUGCGCAUUGGUUUUCUUUACCUCUUGUCGGGAUUUGGUGGGAGUUUGAUGUCGGCUCUGUUUAUCCAGUCGAACAUAUCGGUCGGUGCUUCGGGUGCGCUAUUCGGCCUGUUGGGAGGAAUGCUUUCGGAACUUAUCACUAAUUGGUCGAUAUAUGCUAACAAGGUGGCGGCCUUAUUGACACUAGUGACGAUUAUUGUGAUCAACCUUGCGGUGGGAAUCCUCCCGCACGUGGACAAUUUCGCCCACAUUGGAGGGUUCAUGUCGGGCUUUCUUCUGGGCUUUGUUUUCUUGAUUCGCCCGCACUUCGAUUGGGUUAGCCAGAGAUAUGAUAAUAGCCCAAAAUUCAAGGCGUACCAACGCAUACUUUGGAUGCUUUCGUUCAUCCUCAUGAUAAUCGGGUUAAUCGGAGGAUUGGUUUUGCUUCUUCAUGGGGAGGACUUAAACGAGCAUUGUUCGUGGUGCCAUUACCUUAGCUGUGUCCCAACUUCCAUGUGGAACUGCAAUACGCAGCCCGUCUCGUGUCAGGCCGAGCAAAUGGAGAAUCAGUACACUCUGACGUGCUCGAACGGGAGCAGAAACGGUACAUUCUCGCUCGUUAGCCCAACUCCUGAGCAGAUACAUGGAUUGUGUCUCCAGCUUUGUGGAUAG